UAGCAAAAAAGAUAUCUUCUGUUUUGUGGGCCAUGUUCCUUUUCACGUUUUAACUUAUUUGUUGUUUUGUACUGUUUCUCUUGUACUCUGUUGAUAUAACUAGGGCGUGUAUUGUGUGAGGUUCCUGUAGCUAUUAUUGUCUUUUUGAUAACUGUGUUGUCCGGACAACUUUGGCAUCUAGACUAAUUCCACGGUAUACGUGCCAGAUAAUUCUGUCCAAGGCUUGGAAAAAUGAGAGAAAAUCACCUAGUGUGUUUUGUCAAUGUUGGGGGUGUAAACAUGAGACCUCGUGAUUCUCGAAGUUCCUGUAGCUAUUAAUUAUUUUACUAUUAUAGAUUUUGAAUUUUGUAUUGAUUUUGAACUUGGCACAACAAUUGUUUUAGGCGUGAUGUUGACUGUUUGGUUGUGUUUUUUUCUGAUUGGUCUUCGCAGAGGACAGAUUAGCAUUUCACAUUGACUAUCUAAGUGCUUGUGGUGUAGUUUGGAAAAUUUCAGCCUUAAACUUUGGGGAAUUGUUCAGUUUCUAGCAUCAAUAUUUUUUUUUCCCAUGUGGGGUUGCUGAAUUUUGGCUGUAUCCUGGCUGAUUUUGGUGUAUUUGGGGAAUUGUUCUGCAUUUUGGGGUUGCUGAAUUUUGCCAUUUCUGAGCAGAUUUUGCUGCACAGGAUUUUUAUGAUUUCUGGGGUUGCUGAAUUUUGCAAGUUGUCAGAAGAUAUUUAUGUUAGUUGCUGAAUCAGGAGUUCAGUUGAAUUUGAGUUUUCUUGUGUUGGAUUAAAAUUAUUUGCAGCGUUUGAACUUUGGAACCCUAGGUGAGUGAGUCUGGUGAAAUUUCAGUGUUUCUGGAGUUCGCCAGAUGAAAUGAAUAGUAAUGGGCCUAAUGGCACUGCUAAAACCUUGCAAGUGUUAGAAGACAGGGUUGAAACUACUAGCCAGUUGGGGAGCAGUUUGGACUGGACAAGUGAUGUUGGUUCAUCGGUUCAGUCGGACAGAAAGUCCCUUGAUAAAGAGUUGACCGGGGCAUUGGAUCAGAGCACAAGUCCUUUAGAAGUACCUAAUAAUGCUGAUGAACGGUGUGAUGCUUCUUUUUCCGAUGAAUUAGAUGGCUGGAGGACAAGUUCUUCAUCACUUGUGGACAUUAGGUCUUCUGAUGAGCAUUCUGAUGAGUGUUUGACUCCAGAACUGAAACAUCAGAGAACACAUCCGCUUCAGCCUUCUUUAGUUUUGGAGAGUCCUGAGUCAAAUUAUCGGAGUUCUAGUGCUCCACCUCGCGCUCGGAAAGGUUUGGAGCACAGCAUUACUGCACCUGUGACUACUCACAGAAGUCUUUUCCUUGAAGGCGAGGGUAUGGCUUUUUCAAGAUCUUUGACUCAGAGGAGGGAUAGUCCAAGGCGUAAUCUAAUAUUGGAUAGACUUUCUGAACGUGAAAAGCAAAAGCUCAUUGUGGAGAUGGUAAGGAUUCAAAGGGAUGGAACUGUGGAGGUUGACCUUACUAAGAGUACACCUGUAGCUUCUGAAUUGUUGGAGCUGCGAUCUGUUGAAGAACCCAUUCCUACUGUAGACAGGAUUAUCACAGAUUUUAAUAAGUCAGUUCCAAAGUUGAAAAUUUUGGUGCUUGUUGUUGGAACUAGGGGAGAUGUUCAACCAUUUUUGGCUAUGGUCAAGAGACUUCAGGCAUUUGGUCAUCGUCUCAGGCUAGCAACUCAUUCUAACUUCCGCGAUUUUGUCAAAUCAGCGGGCAUAGACUUCUACCCAUUGGGUGGUGAUCCUCGGAUAUUGGCAGGAUAUAUGGCCAGGAACAAAGGUCUCAUUCCUUCUGGACCAGGAGAGUUGUCUGUACAACGAAAGCAGAUAAAGGCUAUAAUUGAAUCCCUUCUCCCGGCUUGCACUGAGCCAGAUACUGAAACUGGUGAACCUUUCAGAGCACAAGCCAUUAUUGCAAAUCCUCCUGCAUAUGGACAUGCACACGUUGCUGAAGCCCUUGGGGUACCCCUUCACAUCUUCUUCACAAUGCCCUGGACGCCAACUAAAGAAUUUCCUCACCCAUUGGCUCGUGUACCUCAAACUGCUGCAUAUUGGCUUUCCUACAUAGUUGUGGAUUUACUUAUCUGGUGGGGCAUAAGAAGUUACAUCAACGAGUUUAGGAAAAAGAAGCUAAACCUUCCUCCUAUCGCCUACUUCAGCACGUACCACGGAUCAAUUUCUCACUUCCCAACUGGCUACAUCUGGAGUCCACAUGUUGUUCCAAAGCCUAAAGAUUGGGGCCCUUUGGUUGAUGUUGUUGGCUAUUGUUUCUUAAACGAUGGGAGUAACUACCAACCUCCUGAAGAAUUUAUCAAGUGGAUCCAAAAUGGGUCUAAACCUGUAUAUAUUGGGUUUGGGAGCAUGCCUCUUGAUGAUUCCAAGAAAACCACAGAGAUAAUUUUGGAGGCACUGAAGAAUACCGGACAGAGGGGAAUUCUUAACCAAGGUUGGGGAGAUCUUGGUACUUUUCAAGAGAUUCCAGAAAAUGUUUUCCUUCUCGCGGAGUGCCCUCAUGAUUGGCUUUUUCCUCAAUGCUCAGCUGUGGUUCAUCAUGGUGGCGCUGGAACCACAGCUGCAGGACUACGUGCUGGGUGUCCAACAGCUAUAGUACCAUUCUUCGGUGAUCAAUUCUUUUGGGGUGAUAGAAUUUAUCAAAAGGGACUGGGACCUGCUCCGAUUCCUAUUUCACAGCUUAGUGUGGAAGGACUCUCCGAUGCUAUAACAUUUAUGCUCCAGCCUGAUGUGAAAUCCCGAGUAAUGGAACUAGCUGUAUUAUUAGAAAACGAAGACGGUGUUGCAGGUGCAGUUGAUGCAUUCCAUCGGCAUUUGCCUUCAGAAAUACCACUGCCAACCCCGCCUCCUGAGGAAAACGAUGGUCCAAAUCCGUUACAGUGGCUUUUUACAAGGAUUGGAAAAAUCUGUUGCCUGCCUUGUGGUUCUUAGUCCAGCGACUGCAUUGUAGAAUAGUAUAGUUUAUGUUUUUAUUUCAUAUUUUAUUUAUUAAUUGGUUGUUCUUUUUUCAGGGGUCCUAUUUUCUUGGCUUGUAAAGAAAUAAAUCAAGUUACGUGGUAGAGCUUUAUAUACAUAUUUAUUAGCAUUUUCACAGUGAUGCUUGAAAUAGCACCAUGCACAUGAUUUCAGGGGAAAAUGUCCUUAAAGAUACAAGUGUAGUCAUUUUUUUAGU